GUUUACCGCGCGGUACUGUUGCCGGCGAGCGCUUCGUACUCGCGUGUGUGUCGUGCCAAAAUCGAAUUUUCCGACGGCAGCUGAGAUGCAUUAUCGUUAUUUAGUGUUUUUCUUUAUUAUCGGUGCUAAUUCGUGUUGGGCGUAAGAAGGGAGUCUGGCAAUCAAGCGAUACCGAGCGUACCUAUUUCAGGCGCGACACAUAAAAAUUAUAGGUGUUUUCGGCGGAUGCGAUGAAUAAAUUUUGCAAAUCGAGUCUGUGUGUCGAAAAGAAGGUUCGUGAGCGCUAUGUUUUGAUCGACCGGCGUGUUGUGGCUGUGCCGGGUGGUGUGGAUGCGUUCCGGCAUACUCUGGACUGCUUGAUCUCUGCGAGACUACAUUUGUGCAGUAAUUUGUUCUGGCCGCUCGGUCUUGGACGAUCCGUGGCCUGGACGAACGGAGUUUCGCUGCCAGCUCUACAUUUUACAGCAGGCACGUGCUAAGAACAAACAACACCGAGCGUUACCAACGUUACCUUCCCGUGAAGACUUCCAAUCGAGACGUUAAGUGCCAUUUGGAACCAGUUUACCACACAGUGAUAUUCAGUAGCUAUAGUGCUAGUUAUAGUGCGUUCGUGAUAUAGACAUAGAUAAGGUGCUGAUAGUUUUUAGAGUUUAAAGUAACCAAAAAGAAGCGAAGCUGGCUCCGUACAAGGAUAUCAUGAAUUCGUCGAGCAUGAGCUCUGUUGUGCCGACUAUUAAGUGUGAGGAUUCGCCAUCGCCGACGGCGCCCGUUGGCACUGAAGGCGAAGGGGGGGCUUUCAAAAUGAGCAUCAAUGUAAAUCUCAGUACCGCCAUGAUGAACCUCCUCGCAGCGGACAACGCAGGGCCAGCGCUACGCACGCCUGAGAUCGUCAACGAUGUUAUAACCAUGACCAAUCCCCUGGACCAGUACAAUUACAACGACAAAAAUUCCAAAUUUCAGGUAAUAAUAAUGAUAAAUGUUUUUUUUUUUAAGUUGCAAACAUAAACAAAACAGUUGUUGGGCUCUCCUAGAAAAUCCGUUUAAAAUAAAAUCCGUGUCAGGAGGAACGGGUAAUGAAUGAUACCGAAAAUAGAAAUCGCGAGUAUCACAGAUUAAGUGCAGGUACUUAUUUAAAAGGUUAUAGUCUAAAUAGACUAUAACCUAAUAUAAAUAGAAUAGUUAAAUAACUACCAUAGCUAGCCAAUGGCCUCCUCCUAUUUCUGAGAGAGUUGGUGUAUUUCAUAUAUCCCAAAAAUUUAUUUCUCAGAUAUACAGGUUUCCUCACGAUUCAUUGUGUUUUUCUUCACUUCCGAGCACUUUUUAACCAGCACCUAAGUUGCUGUUAACAAUUUAAUUGGUACCGACGGGGAUCCAAACGAGGUUGGUCGCGUUCUGUGCAAUUUAUAGCAAGCGUUUAGUCCUUGAGCCACUACGGCUAUAUAUUAUAUAGUACCCUCAGUAUCCGUCACGUGGAUGCCGAUCCGUAAGCAUUCUACUACUGGAGAUAGGCGUCUCCCAAACUACAAAAAAUAACCGUAACAGUAACGGUUUGACGAAUUAACGCUUGUGACAGUUGUUGUAGAUUGUGAUAGUUCAAAUUAUGACACGAAUUGUUAAAUAUCUUGUUCUUUCACACCCCUCUUACAUUAGGACCCCUGGAUAUAUACUUCUGUGAAAUACCAAUGAUAGAGUCAGCUGGAGCCUGGAGUAUACCAUAUACAUACAUGAUAGAACACACAAUACAGUUGUAGUAUGUCUGUGGAACGAAUGGGUGUUGACUGUGUGCUCGUUUGUCACCUUCACUUCCAUAUAAAAAAAACAAGAAUUCAAUAUUUGCUCACAUCUCUAGGCUCUUAUGUUACACUGUUGAAAAUAAACAAUAUUUCGCUAGUUCAAGUGAGUGAAUGUAAUAUGAAAUUCAGUACGUUAGGGCUAACAAUAAUAAAUAAAUAAUAAAAAAUAUUUAUUUCAUUUCGAAUUACACAUGUUGACAUACAGGAAACAAAAUGAUUACAAUUAAUAAAGUAACAAUAAGUCUAACAAAAGUAACAUGCUAUGAUAAAAUUAAAACUAUGUGUAGCUUAAUAAUGUAGAAUCUACAAAAGAAGAUAGAAAAUUCAUAUUUAUAAUAUUAGCUACCUGCCUGAACUAGGUUGAGUACCUGUGUUUCAGACAAUGGAUAGAGACCGAUAAAACCCCGAGUAUGGCAAUGCCGAAAUAAAUCUAAAACCCAGUAUGGAAAUCCGGAAUAUAAAUCUCCUUUCGACAACUGAUAAAUAAAACUUCGACUGUAAAUGUACUGGGAAUGAAAUAUGUAUGUUUGUGUGUGAGUGCGUGUUUAGUCUCGUCCAAAGUAGGUAGGUACUUAUCUUAGGUAUUAAUUAGUUCGAGAACUAGUGAAAUGUAUUUUAAAGGUCACGAGACCAACAGAGAUACCUCUAUCUUUUUGAAAAUUAGCUGAUAUAAUGAGUGUGGAUGGGGUGAAUAAUAUCCUUAGAUAUUGCCAACCUCUUUAGAGCGAUGUUCUCUGUGAAGUCUAUACUGAGGUCACCUUCUUGUGAAUCGGUGCACGAUGCUGAGAUAGUCACUGAUGAAGUAGGGGACAGAAUUAGUGUAAAAGAGGUCGCAAAUAUCAUAAACUCUAUGUCCAAGGGUAAGUCUCCAGGUCAUGAUUGUCUCAGUAUCGAGCAUCUACAGUAUGCUGGCCCACAUAUACACCGGUUACUGGCUAUGUUCUACACUACAUGUAUAAGGCAUGCAUAUCUGCCCCCUGAUCUAAUGAAGACCAUAGUAGUACCAGUGGUAAAAAAUAAAACGGGUGACUUGUCAAAGAAAUCUAACUAUAGACCAAUAUCCUUGGCAACCAUCAUAGUAAAGAUAUUGGACAGUGUGCUUAAUACGCAAAUUAAUAAAUAUCUAAAACUGUAUGACAAUCAGUUCGGAUUUCGUUCCGGACUGUCCACAGAAAGUGCAAUACUUUGCCUUAAGCACACUGUCAAAUAUUAUAUUGAUAGGAAAACACCUGUCUACGCGUGUUUCCUUGAACUGUCGAGGGCAUUUGAUCUGGUCUCCUACAAUAUAUUGUGGAAAGAAUUAGAGGGCAUUAAAGUACCAGGUCGAUUGAUACAGAUUUUAAAAUAUUGGUAUGGGGGACAGGUCAAUUGUGUUAAAUGGGCAAACGCUUUGUCUGAACCAUACCGGUUAGAGUGCGGGGUGAGACAGGGUGGACUAAGCUCACCUAGUCUCUUUAAUCUUUAUAUAAAUGGACUUAUAGAGGCGCUUAGUGGCAUGCAUGUCGGAUGUCAUAUAGAUGGAAUUUGUGUAAACAACCUGAGUUAUGCAGACGACAUGGUGCUUUUAAGGGCAUCAGUAUGUGGGUUAAGAAAAUUGUUAAGUGUUUGUGAGGCAUUUGCGACCGAACAUGGGCUGAAGUACAAUUUAGAAAAGGUCAGUAUAUGAUCUUUGGGGCCGUACGGGACCGUACGAGUAAUGUGCCUCCCAUUAAAUUAAACAAUACACCAUUAACUAGGGUAGCAUCUUUUAAAUAUUUAGGUCAUAUGGUUACGUCCGACCUCAAGGAUAAUACUGACAUGAAAAGGGAACGUAGGGCUCUGUCAGUUCGAGCAAAUAUGAUUGCUCGCAGGUUCGCGCGAUGCUCAAGAGAUGUUAAACUCACUAUAUUUAGAGCGUUUUGCACAUCUCUUUACACGUGCAGCCUAUGGAGGGACUACACGCAACGGGCCUAUGGAUCCAAUAUAACAACGCGUUCCGGGUGCUGAUGGAGCUGUCCCGACGCUACAGCGCAUCAGCGAUAUUUGCUCAAGCUCAUGUAGAUUGUUUUUACGCAACUAUGCGUAAAAGAGCUGUAUCUCUGGUGCGCAGGGAUAGGUCCAGCCCCAACGGUAUUCUAAAAAUGUUAAGUGACAGAGUAUACGGUCUCUAUUUGCAACACUGUUGUAGAAUGCAUCUGCCCAGCAACCAAUUGUAAAUAUAUAAUAAUAAUAAUAAUUUUAAUGCAUGUAUCCAGUGUUAAUAUAAACUAGAGUAUUUAAUUUAAAUUUUAUAAUAAUCAUAAUUCUGAAAAAGUUAAUGUAAGAAUGAGUCCUAGAUACUUGAAAUGAAAUAAAUAAAUGAAUAAAAUAAUUUUUUCCAUGACUAUAAUAUUCUAUGACUUCUACUUCUAAGAUUUUAUCUACCUCGUCAAAAUUAUUAUAAUAAUUCGUAAUUCGUUCCGUACUUAUACUUUAAUAGACAGAUAUGUAUUUACUAAUAAAUACAUAUUUGAUAGAAACUGAAUUCUUAUUAUAUAUAAUAUUAAAACUAUAAUAAAAAAAAACUAAAACUAGUAACUUAAUACAGUCCUACUCCCCGCGGUAUCGUGUCAAGAACGCUUUCUGCCCGUUCCCCGCUGAAUGGCUAUACUUAGCCUUUGAGCGAGAAAAGAAUCAGCCCUCUUAUCACCUGCAGCAACGACCAGCCGCGGAUGUAGUUCCUUUAGGAACUUCACCGCACGUGGACCCCACAGACCGAUAGUCUAUACAGCAAAUGGCACAAAUAUGAGGUCAUCUCUCAGAGACUCAUAUUUGCGCAACUUCCUCAGUUCAGCUGCCUCUGAUGCCGUUCUAAACGAGGUACCCCUAAGAUGAGAAGCCUCCAAAGUGUCUACGCAAGUAGCAUCCCACACAAGGGCUUUACCUCUCUCCCAAGGGACCAAUGUCAUACCGACGGUCUCUUGCCAUCGUAUCUAAAUAUUCCAAGGCUCUAAAACCGAGGGAACAUUUAUAGAGACAAGAGCCCUUCGGAUGACAUCGUUCAAGGAACCGUGCCGUGAAAACCUACCAGCACUUUUCUCACAUGUAAGUCCGUGGAGCCCAAACUUGUCGUCGCUGCUACCACAGGGGCACUGAUGAGGUUGACAAAUCGCUACUCCUAAUCGGAUUCCUACGGCGAUGCGCAAGCUUUUCCAAUCAAGUAAUAUGCCGAGAUUACUUGAUGGUACCGUGAGCCGUGGUAGCUCAGAUGGUUAGCGCUCGCUGUAAGCUUCGCAGUAUGCGAGCAACCCGGGUUCGAUCCCCGCCGGCACCAAUGAAAUUGUUAAUUGCAAUUUUAAAUGCUGAUUUACCACGUGCUCGGCGGUGAAGGAAAACAUCGUGAGGAAACCUGCAUGUCUGAGAAAUGAGAAAAAACAUAUUUCGAAGACAUGUGAAGUUCGCCAACACGCAUUGGGGCAGCGCGACGGACAUUUCCAUGCCCUAAAACGCUCUCAGAAAUGAGAGGAGGCCUGUGCCCAGCAGUGGGACGUAAAUAGGCUGCAACUUUACUUUACUUUACUUGAUGGUAAAGUAUGUGUAACCAGUGACUAGAUUCCUUACUUGAAACAGUUAGAGGGCGUGCCUUAUCGUGGUCACUAUGGAAAUUAUGUAACAAUUGUUAUUGAUAUGAGAUCGUAGUACGGGUUUAUUCGAACUAAUUGACCUACUAACCUCUUUUGGCAGUGUUUACUUAAUAAUAAUAAAUUGUUUAGAUUGAAACAUUUAAUACGCUUUAAAAUAAAAACCAUGAAUUAACAAUUAUAUUUAAAGAAAAUGAGAAUUAAUUAAUGUUUCAUUGAUUGAAGGUUUUUUUUUAGAUUCUUCGUAAAUUAUGAAAAUGCAUAUAAUUAAAAAAAAAAUUGAUAGGCGAUACAUACAAAGUAGUAUUAAAUAAAAAUCUUAUUUGUUUAUGCUUUAUAGAACCUUACAUAAACUAAAUAGAAUCAAAAGGCGAUCUGAAUGCUAAAAGCAUUCUAUGCCAGUCAAUUCAACCUUAGUUCAGAGAAAACACAUCGAUGGCGGUUACAAAGAACAGGAAAAUAAAAAGUAUACUACAAAAUACAUGAUAUACAUACUUAAUUAAUAUAAAAAUAAAUGAAUUACCUAUAAGAUACAUAUACUAGUUAACGAGGAAAGAAUAAUGAUGAGAACUUAGCAACUUUAUGUCAUUUUAUAAUAC